UGAGGGGUGAGAUGCUGGGGGUGGCUGUCUCGGUCUCUGAGGCCCUGUGGGAUAGAGAGAAGUUGGGUGAGGCGGGAGUAAACAAGUUAGUGAGCAGCCGGCAAGCAGCUGCCGCCUCCUGGCACCGCGGCUGGGCGCGGACGGCCCCAGCUGACUGGGGCGCAGCGCUCCUGGCAGAUAACACCGAUCGGGCUCCCUGCAGCUGAGCCCCCUCCUCUAGGCAUUUUCGAAGCUGAUAAAGCGAACUCCGCCUGAAAUUAAGGGUCUACAGCAGAAAAGAAGAUGCGCGCGCCCAUUCCGGAGCCCAAGCCUGGAGACCUGAUUGAGAUUUUCCGCCCCUGCUACAGACAUUGGGCCAUCUACGUUGGCGAUGGAUAUGUGAUCCACCUGGCCCCCCCAAGUGAAAUCGCGGGAGCUGGUGCAGCCAGCAUCAUGUCUGCCCUGACUGACAAGGCCAUAGUGAAGAAGGAGCUGCUGUAUGAUGUAGCCGGGAGAGACAAGUACCACGUCAAUAACAAACAUGAUGACGAGUACUCACCGCUGCCUCCCAGCAAGAUCAUCCAGCGGGCGGAGGAGCUGGUGGGGCAGGAGGUGCUCUACAAGCUGACCAGCGAGAACUGUGAGCACUUUGUCAACGAGCUGCGCUAUGGAGUCCGCCGCAGCGAUCAGGUCAGAGAUGCUGUGAUGGCGGUUGGCAUUGCUGGAGUGGGCUUGGCAGCCAUGGGCCUCAUUGGAAUCAUCUUCUCAAGAAACAAGCGACAAAAGCAAUAAGUUGAAGGGACUCUGCUGAUAGCAAUUAUCUUAUACAUUAAGGGGGUCUUGUUUUGCUAGAGGUUUUGAGACUUGGUUUAUGAAUUUCAUUGUGUUUUUUAUAAUAAGGCUUAUUUUCACAAAAUUAAAUAAAGC